AUGGAUAGUUACCUUGUGGAUGCAUUGUUUGACUUGGGUGCCAGUCACUUGUUUAUAUCGUAUGAUUACGCUAGGUGCUUAGGUCUUGCUGUCGACACAUUGCUAUAUGACUUGUGUGUUUCCACUCUUAUUGGAGCUAGGAUUUUAACUUCUAUUGUCUGUUUGAACUGCAUUGUCCAGUAUACCUAUUGUUGUACUAUGUUAGACCUCGUAUGCAUGCCUUUCUGUGAUAUUGAUAUUAUCCUUGGGUUGAAUUGGUUAUCUUCACAAAAUAUUCUCCUCGAUUGCAAAAACAAAAUGUUGAUCCUUCUUACCCAAGAGUUAACCCCUCAAGCAGAGGUAAAAUUAAAUUUGAUCACUGCAGCUCAGGUAGAUAAGUGGUUGAGGCAGGAUUGCCAGGGCUACAUAAUCUUCUUCUCAGUGAAGAGAGAAACAAAAGAAGGCAUUUUAGACAUACCAAUAGUACGUGAUUACCCUGAGGUCUUUCCAACAGGGAUCAGUGGACUGCCACCUGAAUGGGAGAUAGAAUUUGCCAUCGAUUUGGUACCGGGAACAAAUCUGAUUUUGAAAGCUCCUUAUUGA